AUGUUAGACCCAUUUAGAAUGGCAACUGUUCGUAGAUAAUCAGAAUUAAUUAAAUCUAAUAAUCUACUCAUAGAUUAACCAUCAAGAGGUAGACAAUUAUCUACUUAAUCUAAUCAAAAUUUAACUGAAAUUGUAAAUCAAUGCAUUCAACGUUCAUAACAUUCUAUUGAUGCACUUCAAUAAAUUAGAGCCAGAUCUAAAGAUAGAAGAAGUUCAUAUAAAAAAACAACUAGAUAAUCAACUAUUUGCAGCUAUAAAAGAUAAACAUCUCCUAGUUUUAAAUAAGAAAAUCAAUCUCUCACAUCAUCAAUCUAAGAAUCAUUAUCCACUUAAUAACCUGUUAGAUUAUUUAGUUUUAUUGAAAAUGAACCUAGUUUUAGAGCUAAAGAUAUGCCAUUAUAAAUUAAUAAAUCAAACUUAGAAGCCAAAAAAAAACCUAUCAUCCAACUCAAGGAAAAUUAAAGAAGAUUAACUAAUAUUGAUCAAUUAUUUUAAGAAGCCUUACUUAAAAGUUAAUAAAUCACAGAAAAGUUUUAUAACUGA